GGUUUUUCAGUGCAGUCGAACCUCACCCAGGGGUACGAAGUUAGCUAAUAUGACGUCAAUACAAAGUUUAGUAGUGCUACUUGUUUCUUUGACACUGUGCUUUAAGUUUGCAUCUUCAAUCUUCUGCUAUGACUGCAACAGCGCUUUCGACCCUCGCUGUGGAGAGAACUUUGACUCCUUCAGCUUGGGCGUCGUCAACUGCUCGCUGCGAGACCCACCGGACCACAUAGAACCACUUGAACCUACUUUCUGUAGGAUCAUUAAGAUGGAGAUUUACGGGAAGGUGCGAAUAGUCCGUCAGUGCGGGUACAUAGAGGAGGAGAACGGCGAGCACAUGUGCAGGAGACAGACCGGCAAUGGUGACCUCUUCGUGACCUACUGCACCUGCGACACUGACCUCUGCAACUCCAGCACUAAGCUCUCUGAUCAUACUAUUGUAGCUUCUAUGGUGUUUUUAUAUGGAAUCCUAAAUGUGAAGUAUAUUCUGUGAAAGUAUUUUAGUCAAUACGAGAUUAGCACGAAGUUAACGCAAUAUAAACUAAUAACAGACUAUAAGAAAUAAUAUAUUUUAAGCCGUGAAAAUUUCCGAACUUUUAAAACGUUUUUCAUCCCAGUAUUACGAGUAGGUUAACGUUUAAGUAGGGAAGUAGAACAGAAUGUUCUAUUGUAACGUCUUGAAGAGCCAACAUGGAGGGUGCUUCAGUUACGUAGAGAGAUUUUUGUCAGCCUAAUAAAUCAAUAAUUUCUUUUUAAACACAGAUUCACGCCGAAAUCAGGUCUUUAGGUACUAUUUCUCUAGGUGUUUUUUCAUGUACAUCCUUCGUGCUAGAAGAGAGAUAUGUUUCUUUAAAAUGUUAUAGACUCCUGAAUUUGAGACGGUGUCAAGAGAUGCUUCUAACGGAAGCUGGGUAUACAAUAAUUUAUUUAUAUUUUAGUUUUAAAAUAUCGAUAAACUUGUAACUGCCAUAAGUAUGAUAUGAACCAUAUUGUAUGUUGUUCCAAAUAAAUCAUUUAAUAUGUUCA